CAGGAUUACUCAAAGAAUUUGUGCGAUAGUCAUAAGACUUGUGUGGGUGCCGCUCCUCUGCGUCAUGAACGUACGAGCUUUCAACAUGACAUAUUUUACAGAACAUAAAACAGGCCGGUCAUUUACGGAAGAAAACAAACAACAUGGCCGCUAACUUUGGCAAAUUUUUCGGGUUAAAAGCUAAGAAGAAAACACCAAAGGUACAAACUCAAGAGGAUGAUUCGGACGACUCAGAUGGGUAUCAAGAUCCCUCAGUGGCUUGCCCAACUGAGCCUCCUGGUGUAGCCAGAGGAAUAAUGCCAAACUACCCACCUCCUAGACCAAACUCUCCGAAAAUUGGAACAAAACUACCACAUGCUGCUGUAAAGCGUGAUGACUACCAGGACCCAUGGGAUUCGAAAAGUUUCAAGAAAAAUGAUACAAGUCAAAAAAAUGUUCAAACUGAAUAUGAAGACCCUUUUGAUGCAAGAUUUACUGGUCAACAGAAAAAACAAGAAUCAAUAGAAGAUGAAGAAUAUUCUGAGCCUUACGAACCAGUGAAUAGAAAUGUUAAUAAUAAGAAACCGACUGAUACGUAUGAUGAUCCAUGGGACACGCGCAAAAAUGCUGUAAAUACAAACAGUUUGAAUAAAACAGCCAGCAGCAAGCCCAGCCUGCCUACUGCACCUGUAAAAAAGGCAGGACCACGUGAUGACUAUAGUGACCCAUGGGAUUCGAAGUUAAAAAAAAGUACAGUAGAAAGUCCGACGAAGAAUACUAUGGAAUAUGAUGACACAUAUGCUGACCCGUAUGACAAAAAAACAAAGACAACAACAAAUAAAAAUAAGAAUGACGAUGAUGAUGACGAUUUGUAUGAUGUGCCUGAACAAGAAAUUGCUGGUGGCACCAAAAGUAUGGUAUACAGUGAUGUCAAAAACAAACCUCAAAACACGCAGUCGCUACCUACAUCUGUAAAAUACAAAACUCCAAAGCCCUCUGCUCCUCCUCUACAACAACAACAACAACAACAAGGAAAUUACGAUGCACCAUGGGAUUGGAAAGUAAAGAAGGUAGAAGCUGAUUUUGACAAAAGGUUUUCUCUACAAGAGCAGCCGCCUGUUGCAGCUCCACGCAAAAAAUCAACUCCAAAUGUAAUUGCACAUGCUACAGUGAGUAACGCGAACCCAAUACCAAAGCCAAAGCGUGAUCCUUCUAUAAAAAUAUCAGAAGCUGAUAAAGAAUAUGAAGUAGACCCAACCAUACCUUUAGAUAAUCAGGGAUGGUUUCAUGGUCGUGUACGUAGAGGAGAAGCCGAGUCGUUACUACGAAACCAUCCAGACUGCAGUUACUUAAUUCGAAACAGCGAAAGUUCGAAAAUAGAUUAUUCGCUGUCUCUCAGGAAUAAAGGUGCAACGAUGCAUGCGAAGAUUUCGUGUCAAGAUGGAAAAUACAUUCUGGGUGUGAACAGUCGACCAUACGAUACAAUCCCUGAAAUGAUACAUUACUAUUCUCAGAAUAAGUUAAACAUUCGUGGAUAUGAGAACGUGAAAUUAUUGUAUCCAGUGUUUCAGGAGGCUAUGUAUUUCACGGUAGAGCCUGGGACUUAACAGCUGGUUCUAUUGCGCAUGCGUAUAUAAAUUUGAUCGUUAGUGUAGGGAAGAGAUAGUAUUAUAUUUAAGAGAUUAAACGGUGUUGGAUGACUUGACUCAAAAAUUCAAUUGGAUUGUGUGAUAUGUUAUGUAUGUGUUGUCUUUGCGAAGUCUUUUGUAAACAUACAAUUUCUUUAACGUUGUGUUUCUGUUUUGUUUCGUUAAACUGCUUUUCUAAGUUGAACCAAGACUCCUUGGUUGAACAUAUCUAGUCACACUGCAGACUGCAUUAUUCUGUCUUCUGAUCAUAGUUUGAUAGUAUACAAUACUCGUAUUGUGGUGUGACAUUUUAAUUUUUUACCAGAGACGCUGACAGUAAUCUUUUUUAAUGUAGACAACGCGACGAGAAUGUUCAUUGGUAAAUUCUUCUUUGUGGCAUAUAAAUUUAAGGUUUUAAAUAUUUAUUUUCAUUUGGGAGUGGUGAUUUCAGGGAGUUGGUAUGUUUUCUUGUAACCUUCUCCACGUCAGCGUUUAUUGAUGAUAAUUCUUUUAAAAAGGUCAUGGUCAAACUGACACACAGAUAACUUUUUCAAAAACUAAUAUGCAAUUACGGAUCGGUAGAUCUGAUAAAUAAUUUCAGUUUUAUUAUUUUUGACAAGUAAAAGCUUUAAAAAUAUUUCAUUACAUUACAAAUUUAUUUAGUUUUUUAAAUAAGAACGAGUCUACAGGAAAUGCAUUCAAGAAAGUGGCCACAUCCAAUAUAUUCGAAAUAACCUAAAAUAUUAAGACCAAAAUAUCAAUUCCUCUUUAAAUCUUCUAUCCUGACAUGCAUUUUUUUUCUAUUCUAGUAGUUACAUGUUUUCAUAAAAAGAUAAACCAGCAUGUAAUGUUAAGAAAGACUUGAUUCUUGGCAACUGCUUAUUUCCUUCCAAUGUUUGUGAAAAUAUUCUAAAAUAUAGAGUGGUUUUUAUACGUUUUUUAGUGUUAGUUCGGACCCCACAAUUAUAUUCUAUGUGGUCGCGCUGGUUAGAAAUUAUUUCAAUCUUAUAAGAUGUAAAUUAAUAGCUGUUUUAUUUUUUCUAUAUUUUCGCGCCUUUUUGUAACACGCUUUUUUUAAUUUAUUGAUCUGUUUAUAUAUUUUGAUAAUACACUGGUAAUCUCCUUCGCAGAGAUUCUUUUUAA